AGCGCGACCCGCGCGGGGAGGAGCGCGCGGGAACGCGCGACCCGCGCGGGGAGACGCACGCGCGGAAGGAUGACCCACGCUGGGGAAGGGCGAGAGCUGAGAUUCAGAUAGGGAAAGAAGAGAAAAGGGAGAGAGGGCGGCGGCGCACCUGAAGGUUGGCGGCGGCGGACAGCCUCCGUCUAGCCUUUCCCUCCCCUUCUUCUCCGACUCCGGCGGAUCUUCUGCCGGUCCUUUCCUUCCUCUUCUCCGCUUCCUCACCAGCAGCUUCCACCAAGGAGCCCAGGAAUCCUCUCUUUGCUCUAGUCUCACGCGCUCGACACCCGCGCUCGCCGCCGCCGCUCUCACGCGCCUGGGCGCCGCUUCGCCCUCCCCCUCGGUCUCCGCUCUUGCCUCCCCGGCGCGCUCGCCGCCGACUCUGCCGCUCUCGCAUCCCCCUCCGCUCUGCAAUAAGCUGGACCUCCUCAAGUCGCUGAACCUCCGGCCAUCGAGCGCCACGAACAGCAGAUCUGCCAUUCACGUGGUCCUCCAGCGUCGGUGAGCCCUCAAAUGAGUCCCCCUUCUCCCCCUCUCUCUUUUCCCCACCUCGCCAUGCCCUCGGUCUGUCUGCUAUGGACGCUAGGUCCUCAAGGUACCAAAAGGCCAAGUUCAGGCUUGAGUGCAGUCCAUUCUAGCAGCUCAAACGAUGGUGCUUUAGUCUGUACUCUCUGCCUCUGUUAUUAUAUAUUGUUGCUUUCUGCUUUGCUUUGUUUACUAAUUGCGAUGCCACUGCUUUGCUUUGUUUACAACUUGGUGCUAUACUGCUAUGCCCAUUGCUCAACUAUUUGUGCCCUGUAGGCCUGUACAUUGUGUUUAGUUUAUUGAUUGAUCCAUGGUGCUAUGCUAAUUUCUUAUUCAAUUUACUCUGUGCUUUGUGCUUUGGCUGUCUAGUGCUCUGAACUAUGUGCUCAACUGCUCAUCUGAUUAAGUGAUUAGUUUAAUCUGGCCAAUUCUAUCUUGUCUGCUAGCUUGAUCUUUUAAUAUGCACUGUUGUCCUCAACAUAUUUUAAUUAUGUCUAUGGUGGUUGGCUCUUUUCAUGUACUAUCUAGCAACAAAAAAUGGCAACUCCAGCUGCCUCUGUCAACCCUGCAUAUGAUCCCAAGACUGAUCCAGCCAGGAAGCCCAAAAGGUCCAAGGACCCAGGCUGGAAGUAUGGAUAUUGGGCAGACCUUGGUAACCGAGAUGAGGUGACAUGUACCCUAUGUGGCACAAUGGUUCAUGGGGGCAUAAAAAGGCUGAAGCAACAUCUAGCAGGUGGCUUUGGAGAUUCAAAAAUAUGCAGCGAAACUACUACAGAGAUUAGGGUGGAGAUGACAAAUUACUUGGAAAAACACAAGAGGCAAAGGCCAAUGUACCUAGAUGAUGAGGAAGAGCAGGUAGAGGAGAAUGGAGAAGCAGAUGUGGUCGUGGUAGAGGCAAGUGCACCUGUGAAUGAAGUUGAAUCCCAGGCCUCUAAAGUGAUGCCAAGUUCAGGGACAGCAGCAAAGAAAAGGCGUGCAGCCUAUUCAUUCAAGGCUGUAGCAGUGAGCAAAGGCAAGGAAAAGCCAAAGGGAAACAAGACAAUUCUUGAGAUGUUAAGAAAAUCACCUGAAGAAAUAGUCGAUGGAAGGCGUAAAGGGUCUUACCAGCCCCCAAUUCAGUCCAGCACUAAGACCAAGGAGCAACAUCAUUAUGUGGAUAUGCAAUGGGCCCUGUUUUUCUAUGAGUGUGGCAUACCAUUCAAUGCAGCAGCAUCAAGACAAUUUCAGGUGGCAGUUGAGGCAACAGCACAGUUUGGUUCAGGGUACAAGCCUCCUUCUCCAUAUCAGUUUGGGGAACCGUUGCUUAAAGAUGCAGUGAAGUUGACAAGUACCAUGAGGGAGGACCAUGAGAGAGCAUGGAAGCAUUUUGGCUGCACUCUCAUGUCAGAUGGAUGGACUGAUAGGAGGGGACGACAUUUGAUUAACUUCCUUGUCAAUAGCCCAGAGGGGACUUUCUUCUUAGAGUCUGUCGAUGCAUCAAGCGAGGCCCACGAUGCAUAUAUGCUUGCUGAUUUGUUGGAGAAAAGAAUUGAGGAGAUUGGAAAGGAAAAGGUCGUUCAAGUUAUCACUGAUAAUGGAGCUAACUACAAGGCAGCGGGUAAGCAUCUAAUGGAGAGAAUUCCUUCACUGUUUUGGAGCCCAUGUGCUGCACAUUGUCUGGAUCUUAUGCUAGAAGAUAUAGGAGGGUUGAAGGAAUUUAAGAAGCCCAUAGCACGUGCAAGGCGUGUAACAACUUUCAUCUAUAGACAUGGGAGAAUCCUUAGUGCAAUGAGAGAAAAGACAGGUGGGUCUGAUCUUGUGAGACCUGCAGCCACAAGGUUUGCCACAGCUUUCCUCACUUUAAAAAGUUUGCACAAGCAUAGAGAUUCUUUGAAAUCUCUUUUUGUCAGUGAAGCAUGGACUGGGAAUAAAUUGGCAAAAACUAAAGCUGGUGAGGAUGUGCAUGACAUUGUGCUCUCUACUGAGUUUUGGAACAAGGUUGAGGACUGCCUUAGAGCUUCAGCCCCUCUUCUCAUUGUUCUUAGGGUGGUUGAUGGUGAUGAGAAGCCUGCCAUGCCAGAGGUUGCAGCAUUAAUGAAUCAAGCAAAAGAUAGGAUCAAACAAAGCUUUGCUAUCCCAACUAAGAAAACAUUGCUCAAGAAAAUCAUAGAUAUUAUUGAGAAGCGUUGGGUGAAGCAAAUGGACCAUCCUUUGUAUGGGGCUGCAUUGUAUUUGAACCCAGGAAAAUUACAUCCCCUCAUAAGAGAUGAUGAUGAUGCCACUGUUGGGCAGCUAAGAGGUUGCUUCCUUGAAGUUCUUGGAAGAAUGGUGGAAGAUAGAGAUACCCAAGACAAGAUUGAUGCUCAGUCUUUGGACUAUGAAGCCCUUAGAGGAGAAGCAUUCUCAAAUAUAAGAGCUAAGCAAAACCUUGAGAAAAUGAGUCCUCUUGAUUGGUGGGCCUCAUAUGGUGGUCGUGCUAUUGACCUUCAAAGGUUUGCUAGGCGCAUUGUUAGCCUAUGUGCUUCAUCAUCCGGCUGUGAGAGAAACUGGAGCACGUUCGAGUUUAUCCACACCAAAAAAAGAAAUAGGUUACUGCAUAAGAGGUUGAAUGAUAUUGUCUACAUUUCCUACAAUCGAAAGAUGAAGACUAGGUUUCAAAUAAGGCGGGAGAAGAAAGGGAAAAGCUUUGACCCUUUAGUCAUUGAAGAGUUCGAUUGGGAUAAUGAGUGGGCUGACUCGUCGUAUGUACACCCUCAAGGUGCACGUGGGUGUGAUGAAAAUGACCUCACAUGGGCUGCUGUUGAUGAAGCUCUUGGUGCAUCAAACUCACUUCGAGGACGCAAUCUCCCAAGGAAUGCAAGCAGGUGUGCAACAAAUUCAAACCCAAGGUUGGAUGAAGAUGAAUCAGGUUUAGGCAAUGAAGAGGAAGAAGAUGAAGACCCACAUGAUGAUGCUUAUGUGACAGAUUCUGAGGAUGCUCCUCCCGAUGGUGGAGAAAGCAUGGAAGGAUUGCAAGCUGCAAAUAACCAUGAUGAGUUUGAUGAUGGAUAUUGAGUUGGGGUUGUCUUUUGAGCUGGGGUUGGCUUUUGAGAGAUGUUACUUAUGCUGUAUUUUUAUGGACUGAUGUAUCUAAGUUAUGCUACUUAUGCUGCAAAUUAUCCCACUAGUAUCUAAGUUUAUGGACUGAUGUAUUGAUGUUA